AAAAGUAGUCCGCUUCUCUAACACAUUUUCCCGUCACCCUGCGUCGCCGAUCGGCCUCAUUUGACCAACUUUCACAAACACGGGCGCCGACAUCGAGCGUUUCGUGGCGGACAAAGGAGCCUGAGCGGGACGGUGGAGUAGUUUUUGUGUCCCUUCCUCCUGCUCCGGAGCGCAGGGAUCUGUGCUGUGCUGCGGUCGAGCUGAAUGAGAUUGAAGAAGAGUUCUUCUUGUUUUGUAGCUUCUGUUUCUCUGUUUUUACACAUUUUUUACUCCAACCAAACAUCAAAUCCGGCGGCCGGACAGAGCGGUGCGGGCAGGAGGCGGCCGGGCUCUUCGUACGCUGCUCUUUCACCGUGGAUCGGCUUCUUACACAGAUAUAUAUUUAAUUAAUCCAGAGGAGGACUGCUGCUGAGGCAGCACAGAGGGGUGGAGUCCAGUCCCACAGCCAAGUGCGGCACUUUAAUGCUUCAGUUGGAUGGUUUUCCUACUGGACACGCUGUUAAGGCUGAUCGAUCGGCUGACAGACUGACUGGAUCCAUGAUGGAAUUACAGACGUUACAGGAGGCUCUGAAGGUGGAGAUCCAGAUCCAUCAGAAACUGGUUGCUCAGAUGAAGCAGGAUCCUCAGAACGCAGAUCUGAAGAAGCAGCUGCACGAACUUCAGGCAAAGAUCACAGCGCUGAGCGAGAAACAGAAAAAGGUGGUGGAGCAGCUGAGGAAGGAGCUGCUGGUGAAGCAGGAGCCCGAGGCCAAGCUGCAGCUGCAGCUCCAAACUCCUCCAGGAGGGGGCGACAUCAAGCCGGCCAACCUGCUGCAGAGCCAGCAGAUAACUGGAGGACUGCAGCAGACGCUGACGGUGACGCCGGUUCUCACCACAAAGACUCUACCUCUGGUGCUGAAAGCUGCCGCCACGCCCACCCUGCCCGGCGCCGUCCUGCCACAGCGCCCGCCCACGGUCACUAUGGUAACCACAGCUAUCACCAAACCCGACUCGCAGAACACCCCCAUCAACCUGCAGGUGGCCGGCAAGCUGACCAACCAGAGCUCGGAGCCCGUGCGGCUGGUGUCCAAGAACGCCAUGGUGGUCAGGCCCAAACUGGCCACGCCCACCAACAUCCCCAUCGCCCCGGCCCCUCCCCCGCCCAUGAUGGCGGCCCCCCAGCUGUUCCAGAGGCCCGUCAUGUUGGCCACCAAGCUGUCGUCCACGCUGUCCUCGGCGGCGCCCAUCCACCAGGUCCGCAUCGUGAACGGCCAGCCCUGCGGCAAGACGGGCUCCACCCCGCUUGCGGGCAUCGUCAUCACCACACCCGUCUCUGCCACGCCCACUCGCCUCGUCAGCCCCACCCAGAUACCCAACCCGAUUCCUGUGCAGCCCAUCCAGAUCAGCAGCCUGACCACUGAGCCCAAGCAGACUGUUAAAUCGGGAGGCGGAGCCGAGCAGAAGGUCGUGGUCAGCCUCCCGUCCUCCUCCUCCACCACCACCACCACCUCCACUCCUCCGCUAUCUCCUGCUCCCAGACCCAAGAAGGAGGAGAACCCAGAGGUAAAACUAGCCUUCAUGGUGUCUCUGGGUCUCGUGACACACGACCACUUGGAGGAGAUUCAGAGCAAAAGGCAGGAGCGAAAGAGACGAACGACGGCCAACCCGGUGUACAGCGGAGCCGUGUUUGAACCCGAGAGGAAAAAGAGCGCAGUGAGUUACCUGAACAGCCCUCUGCACCUGGGGACCAGGAAGAGAGGUCGCCCACCCAAAUACAGCAGCGUCCCGGAGCUGGGCAGCCUCACCCCGGCCUCCCCCUCCAGCCCCGUCCAUCCCCUCCCCCUGCCCAGCCCCAGCUCUGGGGAUGGAGACAUCCAUGAGGAUUUCUGCACUGUGUGCAGACGCAGUGGCCAGUUGCUCAUGUGCGACACGUGUUCUCGUGUUUAUCACCUGGACUGCCUGGAUCCGCCCCUGAAAACCAUUCCUAAAGGCAUGUGGAUCUGUCCAAAAUGCCAAGAUCAGAUCCUGAAAAAAGAAGAAGCCAUUCCCUGGCCCGGAACCCUGGCUAUCGUUCAUUCCUAUAUCGCUUACAAAGAAGCUAAAGAAGAGGAGAAACAGAAGCUGAUGAAGUGGAGUUCAGAACUGAAACUGGAGCGAGAGCAGCUGGAGCAGAGAGUCAAACAGCUCAGCAACUCCAUAACAAAAUGCAUGGAGACCAAAAACACCACCCUGGCUCGUCAGAAGGAGAUGCAGCUUUCCCUGGACAAAGUCAAACACCUAAUUCGCCUCAUCCAAGCCUUCAAUUUUAACCAAGCUCUGGCAGAGACAGAAGGCAAAGACAUCAGUGCCAGGGUCCAGGACAGAGCUGAGAGUAUGCUCGGCUCUGAAGCCGAGCGAGAAGCCAACUCUGUGGAGAAAACUAAGACUGAGAGCUCCUCAGCAAACAGCAACACUGAUGGAAAUGACAAACAAGAGCAGCAUGGAGUCACAGACACAGACGGCACCCAGACAAAGGCAGCAGCUGCAGGAGGAGGAGGAGGAGACACCAAUGACCAGCCUGUCCUGGAGGUCAGCACAGUCCUAGCAGCAGAUACUAGCCCCAGUGUAGGGGCAGCGGCUAAGGCUGGGUCUGGGGCAGGGGGAGGAUCUAACACAGGGACCGCACCGCAGUCGGAGGUCGUGACCAAGUCUGAGACCGCUUCGGUGGUUGAUAUUCCCACCACUUCAGCGGUCGCGGCUGUUGCCACCACCAACGGUACGGCCGAGUCGUCCUGCCCCGACCACAACCCCGCAGGAGAGUGCUCCAUCAACACCACCACCAACAACUCUGAGAACAAGAUGGCUGCUGUCAACCCUGCAGAGACAGUGGUGGAGAGGAAACAGGAGGAUAUCACUGACAGUGACGGCAGCAACACCAACAACAGCAAAACCUCAGAACCCUCCCAGCAUUCUUUGCCAGCUCUUGUCAGCAGUUUGGACAAUAAAAAGUAAUGCUAUGUCUCAUGAGUUGCGGGGAAUUGAAACAUAUAUAUUAAAAAAAAAAGACUUUUGCUUGCACCUUAAGGUGCCCUGAAGUUGCCAAUCUGUAUAAAUGUUGUUUGUUUGCAUUGUAUUGUCAGACUGUGUCAAUGGUAGAUAUACAGCCCAAGUCACAUGGCUCUGGGAGUUGUAGGUCGUUGGCCCACAGAGCUGGGGAACAGGACGGCCUACGCACCAGUGUCAUCAUGCCAAUUAUUGAUAGACGUCAGUGGUGGGAAUGUUCAAAGGGAGAUUUAAUUCAUCAUCACACCAGUGUGUGCCUGUUACAGUGGCCCCUGUGUUCUCCUGAGGGGUGGGGAGAUGGGUUCACAUGGGUAUGAAGACAACCAAGAACAUGGAACCAAACAUCUUAUCAGGGGUUACUGGUCUAAAAAAGCAGUGUUGUGAUGGAGAAGAGAGAAGAACCUGUUCAUCCCCUCGUCCCAAUGAACUUCUGCAAUCCCACAACCUUACUCUUCCUAACCUAACCCAAACUUAACCUUCUCCUGUCUACCUACCUUCUAAAGCCAACCAAUGACUUUCCUUUGGAACCAACAAUUAAAUCCCACUUUGACCUAAUUUUGUUCAACGGACUCUGUCCUCGUCCACCAAUAGCAAUAAUCCGGCCAUAGUGACUCAAAUAUGAAAUGACCUUCCCAAAUCUGGCAACAAUCCCAACACAACCUCUGUCUCAAAUAUUUACACGCACUUCCUGAAAGCCAAGUACGCACAGCACGAUUUUCAGCCAAAUCCUUCGCCCGGCCACCAGUUUUGCAGUUUUGCUUAAACCAAUCUGGACAAUCUGGAUCAACAGUCAGGAGUUUCCCAAAGAAUUAAGAGAUAGAAGAAAAAAAACAAAUACAACCUCAACAAACGUGAAAGAGUACAGGAACUUCAGGUCUUGUCGAAGAUUGUGUAGUGUAAUGCACAUGUGGACUGUAUUUAAAAAGUGAAGCCCUGGAAGUAGGACAGAAGUCGUAGUUAGCCACCAGGGGGCGACUCAGCUAUUUGCAAAACGUAGCUGAGUUAGAAUGAGAAUUAUGUUCCCAUUUUGAGGAAAUUUAAAUAUUCAAAAAAACAAGAUUGCAAUUUAAUCAAAUUGCAAUUCUCAAGGCUUGUUUUUGCUGACGGAACACGACGUCCAUUCUUAGGUACAGUCUAUAGACGCAGCGCCAUCCUUUGACUCUGGAAGUCAUGUCGCGUGAACUUGGCUUAAGCGUCUUCUUUUUCAAAAUGAUUAAAAAACAAAACAAAAAAAGGUUUUGUUGAUUGUGACCAUAACCUCCCCCGAGAGACGUAAACCACAACUUGCCGCUCACGUUUAAUCCCACAAGUCUUCUUAAUAUUUCAAACUGUGUUGGGAAUGUGUGGACAGGGUUUGUUAUGCCAUCGAGGGAUUCAAAUGUCUUUGCAGUGACGUCAUCGACCUUUCAAUUCCACUAAAAACAUAAAACAUGACCCACAUUUACCUUGCGGUCUCCCUACAGUCUAAAUAUGAACUUCUGCAACUUGACCGACCCCAAUUCUACUAUAACUGAAGACUCCUCCAAGUGACCAGUGACGAAAUAUUCCCCCCCCCCCCCCCUCCCCCACACACACACCCAUCCCUCCCCCCUCCCGUUAUCCUGAGCUCAGGCAGAAAACGUGCCGAGCGUUGUGGCUCAGCAGGACGAGGCGAAACAGGCGCGGUAGCUUCACAGAUGUUUUCCGUGGUGUCGGUCAAAGUGUAGUGAUUGAGUUUUUCAUUCGUGAGUCAAGUGUGUCAACUGUGAGCACUAAAUGUGAAAAAUUGCAAUAUUGCAAUGUUAACACACGCAAACUAUAUCUGGGCUGUGUUUCUUCUUUUUUUUAUAGGAAAAGAUAUUCAGGUCUUCCUUGUCUUCUGAAAUAAGUGCUUUUUGUUCCUGAACCUGCUGGACUGGCAUUAUCAACACACGGAAGUGAUGAUCUUUGCAUUGUGUACAUUUCUGUUGAAUCCUCAACUGCCAAAAUGAUGUUGUAUCCAAAUUCAGCAGGGACGAGUCCAAUUAACUGUACUGAAUGAUCAAAAAAACACAAAAAAACAAACAAACAAAAACAUCGGCGUUGUAAGAUAUUAAUGCUACCAUUUUUAGAAAUUGGACACCCCCCCCCCCCCCCCAGAUUGAGACAGGAGAGCUUAUUAAACAAUAACAUUAAAGGAACUUUUGUUCCAUGAAAAUGGAGGGAUUUGUUGUAUGAACCUGAAUCUCUAAAAGGAUGAUACCACAAAUCCUGAGUUUAAAGCACAAGCUUGCUGCAUUACAAAGAAGUGCUGAAGAGCUUUUUGUAUGUUAAUAUGGAAUUAAACAGAGUAUGCAUCUCUUUGUUGUGAUGUGACUUAUCCCCACAUUGCCAAUAUUUUUGUAGGAGGGAAUUACAAACCUCUGUGUGACAUUAAGGCUGGAGUGGAGUUGGUAUUUUACGGAGGAGGGUCCAGGCUUCUGCGGACUUAGAAACCCCUUCAUCCCCUCACAGUCGGACGAGUGCGUCUCUUUUCUUUUCUGGAGCAUGUCUGGGCUGAAAUGUGAUGCUGUUAUUCGUUGGCUUGGUGGCCGUCAGUCCGGGUCUGUGUGUCUGUCUGUCCGUCUGCUAUCUUCACGCGUGGCUUCUUGUUAAGUUCGGGGGCAUUAACAAACUCUGGUCUGUUCAGUCACGGUGCCUCUGGUUGUGCUGGAAUGUUCUGAAAGGGUUGAGCUUCUCUUGAUUCAUCUUCACGUCGCCCAAAAACGCAUUCACCCUGAGGUGGAUUGAGGAUGUUCAUGGUUCAACUCUAAAGAACCUUUAUGUAGAAGAUCACCCCUAAGAACUACUUAGUCAUGCUAGCAGCACUAUCUCUACAAGUACCACAUCAUGCUAGCAGCGCUAUCUCUACAAGAACCAACAUCAUGCUAGCAGCGCUAGCUCUACAAGUACUAACAUCAUGCUAGCAGCACUAUCUCCACAAGUACCAACGUCAUGCUAGCAGCAUUAGCACUAGAAGUAUCAACGUCAUACUAAUAGUAUUUCUCUAUAAAUGCUAAUGUCAUGCCAGCAGCACUAUCUCUAGAAAUGCCAAUGUCAUGCUAAUAGCAUUAUCUCUCGACUUACUGCCACAAUCAACUGCAUUAGCUCUAGAAGUACCAAUGUCAUAUUAGCAGCUUAAUCUGUAGAAGUACCAAUGUCCUGCUAGCAGUGUUAUAUCCGAAGGUACCAAUGUUGUGCUCAAAGAACCAAUGUCAUGCUAGCAGCAUUAUCUCUUAAAGGUCUGUUGCACCGAAAUGAAAUAUCUCCUCAAUCUGUGGGAUGAAAUUUUAAAAGACUGUUUUCUAGAAACAUUCUUUUAACAAGAAGGUUUUCGCUAGUUUUCCAAACGUGAAACGUUCCGCGCCAUUUUUCACAGUCGCUUGAUCGUUUGUUUUAUUUUGCGCAUAGCUAACAUGAGUGGCUACUUCUGCCUCCUCCUCUCCCUUCACGACAUGCGUCACACAUGUUUGUCGCUCGAGUUCUAGUAAACUUAGCGACUGACACGAGUGCUUCACACUGCGCCUACACAAAUGUUUUGGAUUUCAUGGAGGUUUUGGCACCAGUAGAGGAGAUAAGCGCGGUUCCCAUUAGCUUCAGGUCGUCCUUGGUCUGCUAGCAUGACUGUAGCAGUUUUUUUUAUUCUUGCAAAGACCUACAGUGACAUCCUGUUUCAUCAGAGUGAACACAUACACUUAUGAUGGAGUGAAUGCGUUGUUGGGCGAUUGCCACGCCACCGUGAAAGGUGUCUGUUCUUUCAUAUCACGCGGUAUUAGCAUAUCUGGCGUUUGCUGUACAAACUGCCCUUGGUUCAUGCAGAGGAUUCUGGGUACGUCUACUUGUGUCGGCCGCAGUGUAACAAAACCUCAGCUCCCUACGAUAAAACCACUGGUUGUGUGUUUUUGUCGACGACUUCUUCAGCAUGUUAGCCUUGUGUUCCUUCGCGGAUGGAGCGGAAGAGCAGCGGUCUUCACUCAACAAGUUUCACUUUGAAAAAGCCCAAACGUGUUCCAGACUAACUGGACCUUUUCCUCUGUACAGUAGGUACCUCGAGUGCCUUUCUUCAAACAGCAGAUAAUAUUUGUCUCUUGACUUGCACUGUGACUUGUAGAACCUUACUAACCCUCCCAAGAUAAUCCGACCCACCCCCCGCUCUGUCCCGUCCCACCCAGGCUCCCCCUGAAAACCCCGGAGCACAAACCCGGUCCCUUCACCUCAGGCUGCCAGUAGUCAAUGCAAGUUGAAACUACAUUUCAUAUUUUUGCCGUUUAGAUUGACCAGAUAGUGUUUUGUUGUUUAAAUAUAGGAGUUGCCUUAAAUGUGUUUAAUUUUUCCUUUUUACGUGAUUUAACUUUUACAUUUGGGGAGGAAAAAAAAAAAAUCCUUGCAGACGCUGGCAACGGUCAGAGGUCGUUCAGUAGGAAAUCUGGUCGUCGUCAGUCAAUGACGCGCUCCAAAGACGGAGACUGUUGGUGACGAGAUCUCGAUCGGUUUUGGAAGCCAGUCGUUCUGUGACGCACUUUUUGGUUGGACCAGUAUUAUCGGAGAGUUAAAAAAAAAAGUGGGGAUCACGCAGCAACUACAAAGUGCAGUGGAGAGUUCGGCUCUGGAUUUGAGAUCCCGUAUCUGGACUCAGGAGCCGUCGUGGUUUUGUUUGGACUCGUUCGUCGUUCCCUCUGUGCUGUGCUUCUUCUGUUUUUUCAGAGGAGGGAUGAGUUUUGCUAAAUCAGGUCAUGUGAGCCGGAGCCUGUGUGCAUUUGGAACGAGCUAACCUGCACCCCGAUAACGGGCGGACUGAGACCCGAUUAGCAACAUCUGUCCACUCAGUCUAGUGGAACGCAUGCCUUCUUAUGCAAAUUUUUAUACAAGAUUUGUCAAAAAACCUUUUUAAUAUGCAUUUUCUUUUCUUUCUUUUUUUUUUAAAUGUUUUAUGUGAAACUCAAGUCACCUUUUUGUUUGUCCUCCUGUGAACAUUUUUAGCAUUGAGAUGCUAAAAAAAAAGAAAAAAAAAGUGCAGUCUCGGUGUUAAACAGUGCGGUAGCCAUUCACGUUCAAACGCAAACAUUCUCUCCCGAUGGUGUGUUUUAAGGGCGGAGCUUAAAAAAGAAAAAGCAAAAGAAAAAAAGAAGAAGCUCCUUUUAGUUUGGAUUUGAAUCAUUUGAACUCGGCUAAUGCACCAUGCUGAAUGUUGGGAUCCCGGGCGGGGGCAGGGGAAGUGCGCGGUUGGUGGGCGGGGCUAGAUAAUUGAUCAAGUCUUAACGUGUCAUCGUUCUCUUUUUCCCCAAAAUUUUAUCCAAAGAACACUGCAGAGAGUACAUUUGUGUUUGGAAGCCUCUUCACACAGUCGAUGCAUAUCAUUUGUUAAUGAAUGUGUGUGUGUGUGUGUGUGUGUGUGUGUGUGUGUGUCUGUGUCUGUGUGCGUGUGCCUGAGAGUUGCUCACGUGCGUGAGGAGGAAAAAACAAAAAAAAGGAUUUCAGUUAUGCAUCAGAAAUGUUCUGUCUCUCUCUCUCGCUCUCUCUCCACUUCCCCCCGUGGUGGUGGAUUGUUCUGGAACCAUCCUGUACAGUCAGUGGUUAGCCCCGCCCCCCUUUCAGUUUAAAGAAAAACAAACAGACAAAACGAAAACGAUCAAGUCAUGAUUGUGGCCUUCUAGUAUUUCUGUGGAAACAUGACAUCAGUCCGUUGUUGCCGCUCGCCGUCUCAUCUUGUCCCCGACUCAACUGAAGCUUCUUACCUCAUCCACAGCUGAUUCCAUUGGGGGGAGGGAGUGUGUGCGUGUGUGUGUGUGUGUGUGGGGGGGGGGGGGGGGGUGCAAAAAAAGGACAAAAAAAAGAAAAGAAUACAAAUUAAAAUAAGUCUUUUUUUUAAUCUUCCAUUUGGUGAGAUGCAUUGUAGCGAUGUGAAUAAAGAAAAAAGUUCACCUGGUGUGCUGAAUAAUGUGUAAAUUGGUAAUUACACAAUCUGAAUAUUUGUAUAAUUGUUUGUAUUUUUUCAUAAUGAUUUUGGAAAGGAAUGUGUUUAUUUUUUUGACUUCUGUUCCAGAUGUGUCUUCUGUUCUGGCCUGACAUUGUGACUGGUCUGGUGGGAUUCUUACCUCUGUAUUGAGCCUCUUCUGUGAUGAAUUCUUUGUAUGCAGUGUUUAGGAAAAUACUGUAGGGAACAUGGGGAGGAGUUGAUAUUAGGAGCAUUUGAUCAAUUUGUAUUUAUUUAUUUUAUCAUUUUGUUAAUAAAUUGUGAAAAGCA